AUGCCUCAAACCAAGUUUACGGGAGUGACUGGAAAUGAGACUUCUAACGACCCGAAUCCAACCCAACCCCUAUCUGCAGAUACCAUAGACGCUGGAUCUACUCCUGCUUCUCUCUGGGACAAAGCAUAUGAUUCUCUGAAGCAAGAAAAGCCUGAGCUAGUAUCAAGAUAUGAGGACCUCUUGUCUCGAGUGCUCAUCAGAGCUAAGGCGAGCUCUCUAUCGGCCCCGAACCAGGAAGAAGACGCCGAAGAUAUUAGGAACCAAAUUCCCCAACAUGAUGCGGCUGCGCGCAGAGAGAAACUGAAACAGAUAGCCGAACUAGGUCUGAAACACAUGGAAGAUAAGAAGGUUAAGGUGACAAUGCUAGGACAUGAGAUCGGUCUGCAGGACGGGGUGGCUCAGAUUGGCGAGGCUGUGGAUUGGGCCCAACAAUACGUCAAAGAUGCGGUCAAAGAUGUCCCUUAUGCGCCGGCUGUGACGGCAGGCAUCUCACUCGUCCUUCCCCUCCUAAAAAACCCGGCCGCUGCCGACACUGCCAAUAAGGAGGGAUUUACAUAUGUCACGUCGCAAAUGCGCUACUACGUCGAGAUGGAGUCACUACUGUUACCCGAGGAUAUGAAGUCUGGCUUGAAGAAUGACUUGAUGGAACGUGUGGUGGACCUGUAUAACCUCAUUAUUGACUUCCAGGUGCAGAGUGUCAUAAGGUUUUAUCGCAGUCAGACCAAAAGCUACUUCAAGGGCGUCGUCAACUACGACAGCUGGAACGAUAAACUGGGUCACCUCAAGGAGGAAGAGGCAAAACUGGAGAAAAUGUUUGAGAAGGCUUUGUCCGCCACAGGUGUGCAGCAGCUGAAGAAGCUGGCCGGGGAAGCGAAAAGAUCUUACGAGGCCCUAAAAGAUAUUUUCGAUAAUAUUCAGGAGCUUGUGAGGAUAUCCCGAAGCCAAAAGGAUACACUAGAGAAGACCGAGCAACGCUUAUCUAAUGCGGAAGACCGACGCUGCCGAGACACUCUCAACGCCACCGAUCCUAGCCUUGAUAAAGCCCGAAUCGAGGAGGACAAAGGUGGUCUUCUCCGAGACUCAUAUUGUUGGGUGCUCGACCAUGUCGAUUUUCAGAGGUGGAGGGACGCGAGAUGUGGCCAGCUUCUCUGGAUCAAAGGUGAUCCUGGAAAAGGCAAGACAAUGUUGCUUUGCGGGAUUAUUGAUGAGCUAUCUAAGGUGGCUAUACAUGACAUUAACAUCUCGUUCUUUUUCUGCCAAGCUGCAAACGACCGCAUCAAUAAUGCGACAGCAGUGCUGCGGGGACUUAUAUAUAUGCUUGUGCAGCAACAACCCUCCCUCAUCACCCAUGUUCGCGAUGGCUCCUUCGAGGGAGAGAAUGCAUGGUACGCAUUGCUCAGAGCCUUCACUAAGAUUCUAGAGGAUGCGCACUUGCAACGCACUUACUUUAUUAUUGAUGCACUUGACGAGUGCACUUCAGGCCUGAGCCAACUUCUUGAUUUUCUUGUUCAGCAGUCGUCAGCUCAUUCGCACGUGAAAUGGAUCGUCUCUAGCCGCAACUGGCCGAGCAUUGAGAAAGACCUCGAUAACACGACGCAAAUAAAGCUUCGGCUUGAGUUAAACGAGGACAUUUUGUCGGCUGCUGUUAACUCAUUCAUCCAGCAUAAAAUAAAUAAGUUGGCAGAGAGGAACAAUUACAGUGCCGAAAUACGGGAUGUGGUCCAGCAUCACUUGAUAUCAAAGGCAAAUGGCACGUUCCUCUGGGUCGCCUUGGUUUGUAGGGAACUUACCGACGUCCCUAAGAGACACGUGCAGAAGAAGUUGGAGGGAUUUCCGCCCGGUCUUGAUGAGCUUUAUAGGCGAAUGUUCAACCAAAUCAGCGAAUCAGAUGAUGCGGGGCUCUGCAAGUCUCUUCUCGGCGUUGCUAUGACCGUUUCCCGCCCUAUCACGCUGGAUGAAUUAUCGUCCUGUAUCGACUUACCUAAAGAAAUCACAGACGAGCUAGCAGAGAUUAUAGAGCUUUGUGGCUCUUUCUUCUCGCUCAGAGAACGGACAAUCUCCUUAAUUCAUCAGUCAGCCAAGGACUUUCUCCUGCGAAAAGCAUCCGAUGAGAUCUAUCCUAACGGAAUUGAAAAGGUACACUAUUCCAUCUUCUCGAAGUCGAUGCAUGCAAUUGCUAGGACACUGCAACGUGAUAUCUACGGCCUAGUCGCCCCUGGAUAUCCGAUCGACCAGGUCAACCAGCCGGAUCCAGACCCGUUAGCCACAAUACGAUAUGCGUGUGUCUAUUGGGUUGAUCAUCUAAACAAAUGCUGUCCUAGCCAAAACGCGAUCGAGGACCUUCUGGACAGUGGUUUAGUUGGGAUGUUCUUGCGCCAGGACUAUCUUCAUUGGCUCGAGGCUCUUAGCCUAUCAAGAAGCAUAUCAGAUGGUGUAACUUCGAUGCUAAGACUCGAGAGUUUGCUAAAGGUCUGUUUCCACAAGUGCGGCCAUAGGAUCUUUUUAACGUAA